AGCCGUGAACGCGCCGUGUGAGCAUGCGCAGUGAGUCAAAAUCUUAUGAAACAUCGUAGCGCAGCGGCUGAAAACGGAUAGAGGGAUACGAGCGGCCACUUCCCUGUACACAAGAACCGAGCGGAGGAAUGCUUCUAUCUCUCGGCUUGACAUAAAUAUCAGCCCCCGGCAGCCAGCACGAGAACAAGAUGGCCCGAAAUUCCAUCCACUGGUUCCGAAAGGGCCUCCGUCUCCACGACAACCCCGCGCUAAAGGAGGCAGUCGUGGGAGCGGACACGGUGCGCUGCGUUUACUUCCUGGACCCAUGGUUCGCAGGCUCCUCCAAUGUCGGAGUCAACAGGUGGAGGUUUCUCCUCCAGUGUUUGGAGGAUCUGGACGCCAGCCUGCGAAAGCUCAACUCCCGCCUUUUUGUCAUCAGGGGCCAACCAGCCAACGUGUUCCCGCGGCUCUUUAAGGAGUGGAAGAUCUCCCGGCUCACCUUUGAGUACGAUUCAGAGCCUUUUGGUAAGGAGAGAGACGCCGCCAUCAAGAAGCUGGCCAUGGAGGCCGGCGUGGAGGUCAACGUCAAGAUAUCACACACCCUCUACGACCUGGACAAGAUCAUUGAGCUGAAUGGGGGGCAGCCUCCUCUCACCUACAAGCGUUUCCAGACCCUGAUCAGUCGACUGGAUCCUCCUGAGCUGCCAGCAGACGCCUUGUCGGACACCCUGAUGGGACGCUGUGUCACCCCAAUCUCCGACGACCACGGCGACAAGUACGGGGUCCCAUCGUUAGAGGAGCUAGGCUUUGACAUAGAGGGCCUGCCUUCAGCAGUGUGGCCGGGAGGAGAGACUGAGGCUCUGACCAGGAUCGAGCGCCACCUGGAGAGAAAAGCGUGGGUGGCUAAUUUUGAGCGCCCCAGGAUGAACGCCAACUCGCUGCUGGCCAGCCCAACAGGCCUCAGCCCCUACCUGCGCUUUGGCUGCCUCUCCUGCCGCCUUUUCUACUUCAAGCUCACAGACCUGUACCGCAAGGUGAAGAAGAACAACUCCCCUCCGCUUUCUCUUUAUGGCCAGUUACUGUGGCGCGAGUUCUUCUACACGGCGGCAACCAACAACCCGCGCUUUGACAAGAUGGAGGGUAACCCCAUCUGCGUCCGCAUCCCCUGGGACCGAAAUCCAGAGGCUCUCGCCAAGUGGGCUGAGGCCAAGACGGGCUUUCCCUGGAUAGACGCCAUCAUGACUCAGCUGAGGCAGGAGGGCUGGAUCCAUCACCUGGCCAGGCACGCGGUGGCCUGCUUCCUCACCAGGGGGGACCUGUGGAUCAGCUGGGAGGAAGGGAUGAAGGUCUUUGAGGAGUUGCUUCUCGAUGCGGACUGGAGUGUGAACGCCGGCAGCUGGAUGUGGCUGUCCUGCAGCUCAUUUUUCCAGCAGUUUUUCCACUGCUACUGCCCUAUGGGCUUCGGCCGGCGCACCGACCCCAACGGGGACUUCAUCAGACGAUACCUACCUCUCCUCCGAGGUUUCCCCGCCAAAUACAUCUACGACCCGUGGAACGCUCCGGAGUCCGUGCAGGCGGCCGCCAAGUGCAUAAUCGGCGUCCAUUACCCGAAGCCCAUGGUGCAUCACGCGGAGGCAAGCCGACUCAACAUCGAGAGGAUGAAGCAGAUCUACCAGCAACUUAGCCGAUACAGGGGACUAGGCCUGCUGGCAUCAGUGCCGUCCACAAAUGGUACCGGUAAUGGAGGAAUGAUGGCCUACUCACCCGAGGGGCAGCAGCUAGGGACCAACAACAACAACUCACAUUUGCCUGCAGUUUCUGGGAGCUCCGUUGCAACAGGAAGCGGCAGCGGGAGCGUCCUACUCAACUUUGACAGUGAAGAACAGACACGGCCUAGCAGUGUCGGACAACAGCAACAGCAGCAACAUCAUCAACAACCUCAACAACAUCAGCAGCAACAUCAACAACAGCAGCAACAUCAACAACAUCAUCAACAGCAGCCGCAGCAGCAUGGAUACCACUCAGUGCCAGACGCCAGACAGACCAUCACCAGCAGCCAACUCUUCCACGAGUUCGCUGUGCCUCAACACCCUGGACUCUUCCUUCACGGCAGAAGCUGCGUCACAGGAAAGCGGGAGAGGGAGUCGGAACGCGAAGGGUUGGGGGAGGAAGACCCGGCGUCCUACUCCGUGCACAAGAUGCAGAGGCAAAGUGCAGAGACUACCUAGAGCAGGCGGAGAGGAAACCGUCUGAAUCCACACACCAUCCAGGCAGCACAGGGAGGAUACCCCCGACGUAGCCACCUGCCCCCAAAAGGAACGCGGGUCCCGACAUUGCCACCGCCGCUGCCUCAAAGAAUCCUGCUCAAACUGGCGUUUGCAGUCAGAAAUACCCAGGGGUGUAAAUACUAAGGUGAAAAUGUGAUUUCUGGCUCUUGACACCAUUUCUUUGAUUCCGUUCACAUCGUGAUCCACGAAACUCUGGCUUCCUGUAGUUGUGCACUGACCAGUUGGGCUGCGUCACAGGAAAGCGCAAAGAAAAGAAAUGCCUCAAACUUUAGACUAAAACCUAAACUAAAAAACAGAAAAAACUGCUGCCACCAACUCCAUCGAAACUCCACCAAACACAUAUCCGCCCUUCUGUACACUAACAAUGUCAGGGUUUACAUAACAGUUUUUGCACUUUGUGAGGUACACUGUGCUUCAACCAGGAAAACACCGUCACCAACACACAAGCGGACCAGUCAGUCUCACUCCAUUCCAUGGGACGUGUAGUGUCACAGACUUCACUUUGCAUUGGAAAAACAAAGCUCUUUAAAAUUUUUACAGAGAACUCGGGCAGUUGGUUCGGAUCUCCUCUCUUAAAAAGGUGUCACCAUUUUCUAAGAUUUCUUAUAAAAAACUAAAAAACUAAAAAAGUUGCUGAACAAAAAGGAAGGACGUAAAUAAAAGCGCUGAGUUGAGUCGACACAAAAAGGAAAAAAGACAGGUGACAGUUACCUGAUCAAAAUGAGCCAAAUUCUGUCCCGGGAAACCGGAGAGCCAACAUUCCUCAGUGACAAGUGAAUCCUCCCGAUGCAAUAUUUAUUCUGACUCUGCAACCAGUUCAACGAUAUAUGUGUAGGUGUGGCUACUUGAGACAUUUUGUGUUUGAAACUGAAAUCAGGCCAAACAUGGACCAGCGACGGCGCCGCAGCACGACCACAAGUUGAUUGUGCAAUGGCACGGGGGGAGAGGAAGUCUUUGUUUUGGGUUCCAACCUCCACUAUGACCUUUACUCCUGGUGAGAAUGAAUGCAGUAGAACUGAACCAGAGAACGUACGAAUCCGCCUGUAAAAUACAACCGGCAACUCCUCCUGCUGGCCCCAACUGUUCACCCGUAUGUCGUGAGCCAAGCAGCCAAAAAUGCCUUGUGGCUCACACACUAACAGACCAUGAAUAUCAAAUUUCAAAUUGUCAAAUUGGGCUCUUAAUUUGAAAAAGCGGUGCAGAUUGGGUUUGUCGAUGUACAUUCUGGUUUCAGUGGAGCCGUGACUCAUGACUGUGUAAAGUCGCUCGAUAUUUGUUCAUCCGUGAUCAGGCUGCCGUCACUUUACAGGAGUAAUGUGUAGCAUGGGGGCUGAGUUGGGUUGGGCUGGGCUGGGCUUGGCUGGGCUGGGCAGUCGGGUAAAAAAAAAGUAUUGUAGUAUUUCUGUAUCAUAAUUCUAUAUGUUUUAAGAGGAUUUGAGCAUCGCUAGUAAUUUGUAGCUCUUUAUUUCACAAUGGAAAGACAAGUUGAACCAAGUUUUUAUUCGUGCUUUAUUUCUUUCUCUCGUUUUUAUUUUUGCUCUCGCUCUUCUGUGACACGAAGGUGAAACGGACCGCGUCCGUCAUCUCUGUAACGUUGUGCUCUCUCUCCGUCUCUCCUUGUGUUGUGAAAGGCUUUUCUUGUGCUCGAUGAAGUUCAUGACAGGAAAUAAAAAAUUGUUACAACUAGA